AUGUCCGAAGACACAGCUGGCGGGGGCAGAGUAGAUGGGGGUGCAGCAUCGGUGUUUGGGGCACUGUGUGGGUCCGCCAAUGGUAUGGGUGUGUUGACAGAGUGCUGUGGAGAGGGACCCGGAGGGGCAUCCACUGAUUUCCGAGGUUCAUUCGUCGUUGUUGCACCUCAGCAAAUUCCGUCCAAUCGCAAAGCAUUCACCACUGCUGUCAUUGAUGCUUUACGCUCAGAGAAGGAAUCGAUAUCAACGCUCACUGCAGAGUCGAAGAAAGCAGAAGAAAGCCGACGAAACGACUUAAUAAGCGUAACCAUCUUUGCUGGAGCCGCACACGGUAUAGAAAAUGGGACGACAUUUAACGUCUAUGCAAAUCAUGUCGACACGAACCAGAAACCCAUUGGCCAUCUCGAGGUUGUUGACAGAUACCAUCCCGUUAUUAACUCCACCACGACUAAGCUAGAACUUCCUCUCGACACAAAAUUACCUGUAGUAUUUUUUGUCGUGGAGACAGGUUCCUUAUCUCGAGCUUUGAAUGUCUACGCUGAUAAGGUGGCUAUGUCGAUGGUCAAGGGUCCAAGGUUGAACAUGGUCAACGAAUCUAUGGCGCAUAUUAUUCUCAGGAAUGCCAACGACAAAGUCGAGGUCUUGUGGAAUGACUUUCCAAAAAGUGGCCUCGAUUCAGGGAAGAAUCUCGUUCAUAAUAUCGCUGUAUUGAACAACCCUGCGGAUUUGGAAAAGGCACUCAGUAAUGCUGCAUGGUUUACUCACCGUGUCAGUUAUAUGCGCAACCCGAUGUCUUCGUGUGCAUUCUUCGAGGCAGAAUUGAAGGCGGUCGAUGAAAAUCAGGAACCGACUGGAAAGAAUUUGUUACUCGAUGACGCCGUCACCCUGGAUAUCACUCAGGACAACAAUAGAACUACUUACUGCCUCUUGCUUUCAAACAAAACCGAUCACGAAAUCUGGCCGUACGUGUUCAUUUGUAACCCAAGCGAUUUUAGCAUCCGUCCUUGGUAUACCGCGACGAAGGCUUUAUCUCCAAAAAUGAUGGGAGCAACGAACACAGUUGAAAUUGGAUGCGGAGAUGAGGAUGAUCUGGCAUUCGAAUGGACUGCGGACCAGGGAGUAGAUGUGGCAUAUAUCAAUAUUAUUGCUACAAAGGAACGUACCAACUUUUCUUGCUUGACGCAAAGCGAAACUACAACCGUCGAGAGACUCAGAGAAGUAGCCCCAAAUCAAUCGAUUUCGACGCAGGCAAACGAGGAACCACGCAAGCGUCGUGGUAUGUCAAUCAAAAAGGACUGGGAGAUGGCGCAAAUUCCAAUCACACGAAAAUAUGUUCAGAGAACGAGUCGUACUGUUUCUCCAUCAGCAUCGAGGAAACCUUUCUGGAAUAAGUUUGGCAAAUAG